AUGGGAAGCCUUCCCCCCUCCCCUCCUCUUCCACUCCCACCCUGGUGGAGUUUAACGGGUGUGCCUGUGUCAUCAGCAGCUGCCAUCUCACAGUGUUGCGAUCGGCGGCUUUUCCGUCCGGUCUCAAGCCUCGAAGUCAACGUACCUAGUGAGGAAUGGCUCAUAGCAAACUAUACUUUCAUGUUUACGAGUGCCUGUGUCGGAGAAGCUAUUCCGAAUACGUGUGAGUCCGUGAGGAAACACAAUAGCGGUAGUCAAAAGAUUAGUGAUAUGUUAGUGAUGGGGAGAUGA